AUGUUUGCUAACGGGGCUGGCGGAGCUAUCUCAGAGACAUCAGCCUUAUUGGGGAGUGAGAGUGUAUCGAAAGAAAGAGGAGGGAAGUUUAAGAAGUCCACGCUGGCAUUGAAAGCAUCGAAAAAUGAACGGAAGAGCAGAUCUACAAAGUUAGGGAUGUUUGAGGGAGUUUUUCUUCCCACUUCAUUGAAUGUCCUAUCUAUUUUGAUGUUCUUGAGAUUUGGAUUCAUCAUUGGACAAAUGGGGAUAUUGGGAACUUUCUUCCUACUCGUACUUUCCUACACCAUCAAUGUUCUCACUACGAUGUCUAUCAGUGCCAUUUCUACAAACGGUACCGUGCGAGGCGGUGGAGCUUACUAUAUGAUUUCAAGGUCGUUGGGUCCGGAAUUUGGAGGUGCUAUUGGUAUCAUUUUUUUCAUUGGUCAGAUAUUAAAUUCAUCUUUAAACGUUGUGGGUUUCAUUGAACCAUUGAUGGUUAAUUUUGGAUGUGAACGAGGUGAUAUAUUAAGCAUACUACCUGUGGGAUAUUUUUGGCAGCUAUUCUACUCUACAAUUCUUUUAGCCAUCUGUACCGGAAUUGCAUUAGUAGGUUCUAAUUUGGUUUCAAAAACAGCAUUGAUUCUAUUCAUUGUUUUAUCGAUUAGCACCAUGUCUAUCCCAUUCUCUGCGCUUUCAGUUAAGCCAUUUGAAGUGCCGGGUAUUCCUGAGGUUAUUAAGUAUUCGGGAAUAUCUUUUUCAACAAUAAAGGAUAAUUUAUUACCACAUUUCACAACGGGUGCUGCUGGAUCUACAUCAACAACAGAGAAGGAGACUUUUAGAGAUCUCUUUGGAAUAUUUUUUCCAGCAACAGCUGGUAUUUUGGCAGGUGCAUCGAUGUCAGGCGAUCUAAAGAAUCCCUCGAAGUCAAUCCCAGAGGGCACUUUAAAAGGACUCUUGUUAUCAUUCAUAUAUUACUCAUUGGUGAUACUCUCUAUGGGUAGUGCCAUACCAAGGAAGCUUUUAUAUGCUGAUAUCGAAGUUAUCCAGACUGUUAGUAUUUAUCCUCCUAUAAUAAUUUUGGGUGAAUUUUCAACUGCUUUAUUUUCCGUGAUUAUGGGUGUGGUUGCAGCAGCUUCUAUGUUGUGUGCGAUAGCAGAUGACAGGAUCAUCCCUGGCUUGGGAUGCUUUUCAACGUUGGGCAAGAAGCCCAGUGAAAAGAAAAAAGCGAGUAUAUUCAGCGUUAUUAUAACUUGGUUCAUUGCGCAGGUUUUCCUCUUCGCAGAUAUCAAUAAAAUUGCAACUUUCAUAACGAUGGCAUUUUUAAUGACAUUUAUUGUUACUAACUUAGCAUGCUUUCUAUUAAGGAUAGGCUCGGCACCAAAUUUUAGGCCCUCGUUUCGUUACUUCAAUACAAGGACGGCAUUCACCGGGGUCUUGGCCUGUCUUGUAGCUAUGUUUAUUGUUGAUGGUAUCUCAGCUACCCUUGUCAUUUGUUUCUUGAUGUUUUUUAUUAUGAUGAUACAUUAUCUGACACCACCUCUGAAAUUCGGGGACAUAUCUCAACUUUUGAUUUACCACCAGGUCAGGAAAUAUUUACUAAGGUUAAAAUAUAAUAUUGGUGUCAAAUAUUGGCGUCCUCAAAUAUUAUUACUUUGCGAUGACCCCAGAACUUGUUGGAACUUGAUAGGUUUUUGUAAUCACUUGAAAAAGGGAGGACUAUACAUUUUAGGGCAUGUUGUUUUAUUGAAUGGUGACAAUGAUAAACUGCAAUCGAACGAAAUGUCAAAAGAGUUCAACAUAAAUAUUUAUAAAGAAAUCAAAAAACAAAAGCAGGCCUGGUUACAGCUCACCAAAAUCUCAAAGAUAAAGGCAUUUGUACAGAUUGCUCUUGGGCCAAGCUUGCCUUGGGGAGUUCGUAAUAUAUACCUCGGCUCAGGUUUAGGUGGAAUGAGACCAAACAUAACAGUUUUGGGUUUUUAUGAUAUGUAUCGUCAUGGAAUGGCGUCUACUUUGUUACCUUCUUUUCUAGAUAAGAAGAAAUUGGUGGAAUUACCGACAGAUGAGUGUAGAAAAGAGAGAAAAGUGUCAAUAAACCAAUGGGUACAAAUAUUAGAAGAUUUAAUAAUAAUGCAAGCAACGGUUGCUGUAGCAGCUAAUUUCGACAAGUUAGAUUUACCACUGCGAGAUUUCAAACAGCAUCACUUUUGGUCUCAGCCAAAGUUACCUAGUUCAAACGAAAAGAAGUUUCUUGAUCUUUAUCCAAUCCAAAUGUCUUCAAUAAACAUUCUUGAUGAUGGACAGUCUGUUCUUUCAACGAAUUUCGAUACUUAUACUUUAAUUUUGCAGCUAGGGUCCAUUCUUUCAUCGGUACCCGAAUGGAAAUUCAAUUCUCACGUGUUAAGAGUGGUUGCAUUUGUUGAACGGGAACAAGAAGUCGAUGAAGAAAGAGGUAGAUUAAAAAAGUUAUUAUCAGAAUUAAGAAUCCAAGGUGAGAUUAAGAUUGUAUGUCUUGACGAUGGUUCUUUGAACUCUUACAACUUUCUCGUGAAGGGAUAUUCAAAGACUCUUGAAAACCAAGCGGAAUUUGAUAGAAUCAAUUUCAUAUUACAGAAGGACCAAUGGUGGAAGAAUCUCUGUGAGGCUAGAGCAGCGCUUAAAGAGUUUGAAAGACAGAAGUCCAGGAAGAAAAGUAGUGGCAAUAAGUAUAUUGAAAAAACUCCUUCGGUUUUCAAUCCGCUCAAUUUAGGAAACUCACCCAAAAACUCUAGUGACGUGCCUCCAAUGUCUGCUGGCUUGAAAAAUAACAGAAGAUAUACCAUUUCAAACCUUCAUGAACAGGGUCUUUCUCUUUCAUUUAACAUGAAGUCACAAAAGACAAAUCAAUUCUUCAACUAUCAGAACCCUCUAGAUGAUAGCUCUAGUAGUAGUUCAAGCGAAUCAGAGACAGAUAAUGGAUAUGACAGUGAAGCUACAGACCAGAACUAUGUAACAGCACCCUCAGUACAGGCAGCUGAGACUCCUAAACAUGACAAAAUUGAAGAAAACAAGUCUCCAUUAAAUACCUUCAAUUUGCGUUAUGGAACAAAAAAUAGGUCCAAUUUAAGCAUUGAUAAUAUGUCGAUUCGAUCCUCUAGAUCCAAUUUAAGACCCAAUUUCCUGUCCUACAAAAUUCCACAAUCUCAAAUCAAAAGCGACGAAAAUGACGAACCUGAUGAUAACAAGCCCUCCAUUCGAUUCAUAGACGAUGAUGAUGCAAAGGAGAGCUCGGAUAAUGAUGAGGAGGGUCAAAUUGACGAUAAAAGUCCAUUAUUCCUGAAGUCUGAUAUUUCCAAUCUAGAAACUAAGUUUGAUGGGAAUGCUAAAAAACUCGAAAAGAGCUCGGCAAAGAAACUAAAAGAGAAGCCUUCGAAGCCGCCUUCUAUUAUCACAAGCUCGGGUAAAAUUAUCGAGCGGAUCAAAACGCCCAAAUUCUUGCAAGAUGGCGAGGACGAUGGGGAUGAUGAAGCUGACGAUCGUGACAUUAACAAAGACAAACUGGGAAAGAAACAUGCUGAUAGCUGUGAUCCUGAGCGAGGGCAUAAGAAAAAUGUCACACCGGUGCAAGGAUUGAAGCAUACAGGUGAGACAUCAGCAGAUGAUGACAUGCCAGAGGAAGAGCAACUGUCUAUAUCAAGGAAGCAAUUACAGGAUGAAUUGAAAGAACUUAGCUUUAAUGACUUACCUGCCAAGGGCCAGCAUUUGAUAUUAAAUGAGUUGAUUAAAUUACAUUCACCUUUGUCCCAGACUGCGGUUAUAUUUUCGACAUUACCAGCUCCGUCCAUUGGCACUCAUUUGGAUUCACAAGAUUCAUUGGACUAUACUAGAAAUUUGGCGCUUUGGCUAGAAAACUUACCACCAAUUGUUUUAGUCAAUUCCCAAAUGGUCACAGUAACUACCGAUUUAUAG